GUGAGCAGUCGAGCUGAUGCCAAGAUGGACAAUCGGACGCUGCAACUUGCUCUGCUCUGGGCCUUCGCCUUGCCAGGUGCCCUGAGUGUGAACAUGGAGGAGCAGCUGAUAAAGCUUCUUUUCAAGGACCGACAGUAUGACAAUAAACUGCGACCAGUGGUGUCCAGGAAUGAGAGCGUCGUCAUCUACCUGGCUCUGACCCUUUCCAACCUUGUCUCCCUGAAAGAAGCGGAUGAAACCUUAACCACCAACGUCUGGCUCGAGCACGGCUGGGUGGAUCAGCGGCUGCAAUGGAACAUGACCGAGUAUGGUGGGAUCGAAGUGCUGCGUCUGCGGCCGGAGAUGUUAUGGCUACCUGACAUUGUUCUGGAGAACAACAACGAUGGAAACUUUGAGAUUACAUACAGUGCCAAUAUACUGGUGUACAGUUCCGGCUAUGUAUACUGGCUGCCACCCUCCAUCUUCCGCAGUGCCUGCCCCAUCAAUGUCAAUUACUUCCCCUUUGACUGGCAGAAUUGUACUCUGAAGUUCAGCUCCCUGAGGUACAAUGCCAACGAGAUUGACUUGCAGAUCAUGUCCAAAAAAGACAACAAAACCCUGCAGUGGUAUUCUGCGGAAUGGAUCCUCAUCGACCCAGCAGCAUUCACAAGCAAUGGUGAAUGGGAGAUCAUUCACAAACCGGCUCGUAAAAACAUCAACCCGCUUGUCUCGAGAGAGAGCAACAAGCACCAGGACAUCACCUUUUACCUCAUCAUUAAGCGCAAGCCUCUUUUUUAUGUCAUCAACAUUGUCAUUCCCUGCAUCCUGAUUGCCUUCAUGACCAUCCUUGUGUUCUACCUACCAGCUGAUAGUGGGGAGAAAGUGACCUUGGCUAUUUCCAUCCUCUUGGCUCAGUCAGUAUUUCUACUGCUGAUUUCUCAGCGCCUACCUGCCACCUCCUUCGCCAUCCCGCUCAUUGGCAAGUACCUGCUUUUCGUCAUGCUUCUCGUGACUGCUGUCGUGGUGGCAUGCACUGUGGAGCUUAAUAUCCAUUUUCGGACACCCAGCACCCAUGUCUUGUCUGAAUGGACGAAAGAGCUGUUCCUUGACACCCUUCCUCACCUCCUGCACAUGUCCAAGCCAGCUGAGAGCGAGACCGAGCCGCGGGAUGGCCUGCUGACCCGGCGUAGUAGCUCAGUCGGUUACAUUGUCAAGGCUGAGGAAUAUUUCACCAUUAAGUCCCGCAGCGAGCUCAUGUUUGAGAAGCAGUCGGAGAGGCAUGGCUUGACUAGCCGGAUCACCCCUGCACGGCCAAACCCCCAUGCGGCGGGCGAUUUGCAGGAACAGCUGUACAACGAGAUCAAGCCAGCGAUUGCUGGAGCCAACUUCAUUGUGAAGCACAUGCGGGAGAAGAACAGCUAUAAUGAGGAGAAAGAUAGCUGGAACCGUGUUGCUCGGACAGUGGACCGCCUCUGCCUCUUCUUGGUCACACCCAUUCUGAGCCUUGGGACAUUAUGGAUCUUCUUGGUGGGGAUCUACAAUCACCCUCCCCCCUUGCCCUUUGAGGGGGACCCUUAUGACUACAAUGAGAAUAAUAAGCACUAUCUCUAAAGCCAAGGGGUUCCGGUAUGGAGCACCAGCACCGCUGAGCAGGAACAUCGGUCACAGCUGCCUAUUUUGCUGGAUUGGGACAGGAGAUGAUAUUGACAUUGUCAUGGCUCCCCCACUCCAGAUAUCUGGAGAGUUGUGUUCUCUUAAGUUAUUUCUGAAUUUUGCUGUUGUUCU